AUGACGUACGGCUGCAUACUAUGUCUUGUCGUUUUUGUUUUGUCCAGGUAUUCAGAUAUCACCUCUGAGAUGUACUCGGUGUCAAGGCUGACGUGUAAAUCCAGGUGCCGCAGCCUGCUUGACCCGGAAUCGAAGAUCGAAGCACGGCCCGUUCAAAGCCGCUCCGGAGUUCAAGUCUAUCCGACUCCUCUCCCAAGCCCCGUCCCGGGCCUGUAUUCAACACAGCCGUGGACAGUGGUGGAGACGACACAUCAAGAUCAAUCAUAG